CUGCGAACCUUAUGCCGAACCCUAACCUUAAAUUAAGGCCAAAAAGCACAUUUUUGUUUUCAUGUAGUUUUACGAUAUUGACCAUUUGAACUUUGUGGCUGGGGUAACUAUAGUGAAAACCCUCUCCCAGGCCGACGCGCGUAGCCAAACGGAACAUCAGAGAGCAUAGGGCUGGCGUCUCCUGGUAGUACAUCUAUCAGGUCUCGAGCACAUAAAGUCCAAAAGAGAGGGACUAAAGGAAAUAAAGACAAUAGGGGCUCCCUUGCAGGAAGAAGGAAUCUCCCGUCGUUUUAAACCUAGUUCCAUUACCAGAGAGGAUACACGCGGGUUUAGCGUUUUACCGAGACGGAUUAAUAAAACGCCAGACGGAUGUUCGCGAGGAGGGGUGGUCCGCUCUGAAGUUGGAGACUACUGCCUACCGAAUACGGAGAGAGGAGAGAAGCGCUUUUGUUUUCCCCGUGAAGGCUAGCGCCCCCCGGCCACAGCAUGAAGCUGCCGCCUUGUUUCGUGGCGCUCAUCGCGGCGCUGCUCGUUCACUCCGCGCUGGGUCAGACCUGGGUUCCAUCAGAUGAAGAAAGUUCUUCCAGAGAUGAGUUCUAUGACGAUGAAGACCUCUUCUCAGGCUCUGGAUCCGGCUUUCCACAGAUGAAGGUCAACCCUAUAGCGGUGGGCGUAUCUUUCACCACGGAAGCGCCCCUCCCCUUCUCUACCACCCAGGCCACUGGCCCCGCCCCUUCGGCCCCACCUGUAGCCGAGCCCAGCCCUAAAGUUGACGUCCUUCCUACCCCACUACCCACUGAGGGAGAGGGGGAGAGAGUCCUUCCUACCCCACUACCCACUGAGGGAGAGGGGGAGAGAGUCCUUCCUACCCCACUACCCACUGAGGGAGAAGGGGAGAGCGGGGUAGAGUGGGAGAGAGAACAAGAGAGGGAGAGGGAACAAGAGAAGGAGAGGGAACAAGAGAGGGAGAGGGAACAAGAGAAGGAGAGGGAACAAGAGAAGAGGGAGAGGGAACGAGAGAAGGAGAGAGAACGAGAGAGGGAGAGGGAACGAGAGAGGGAGAGAGAACGAGAGAGGGUGAGAGAACGAGAAAGAGAGAGGAUACGGGAAAGAGAGAAGGCGAGAGCCGCCCAGACCACCCCCCGCGGCCCUGCAGCUCUUCCCAUGGCAACCACCAGUUUGGCGACUCCUCCGGCAGAGAGUGCAGCGCCCUCUAGCGGCGUGGAGGACCUGGGCACCACAGAAGAAGAGGAUGAGGAUGUUUACCUGUCCCCAGACCCCACCACCAGUUUACUUAUGGAGACCACCACAGAAGAAGAAGAAGAAGUGACCACUACUGAGACAGAGGCCACACCCAUCCCAGAGACAACAGCUCCACCCACUACGACUGGCCCAGCCCCAGCUGAGAGGUCUAGCUCCGCCCCCUUCAGGCCCAGGGUUCCUGUGACCUUGCCUACUAAAGCUGCACCCACAGAGAAGAGCACACGUCCCCAGCCACCCUCUACGACGAAUAAUGAGUUGGGGGUUAACGGACCAAGCGGAGACUUUGAGAUCCGCGAGGAGGACCGUCGUCAGGGAAACGAGGUUGUUGGGCGUGGCGUGGAGACGGGAGAGGAGCCUGAUCUGAUUGGCAACACGAUCAACACGGGAAGUUCUGCCGCUCAACUUCCUCAGAAGAACAUCCUGGAGAGGAAGGAGGUCCUGAUAGCGGUGAUAGUGGGGGGCGUAGUGGGGGCUCUGUUUGCAGCGUUCCUGGUCAUGCUGCUGGUGUACAGGAUGAAGAAGAAAGAUGAAGGCAGCUACACGCUGGAGGAACCCAAACAGACCACCGUCACCUACCAGAACCCUGACAAACAGGAGGAGUUCUACGCAUGAGAGAGAGAGAGAG